GCUUGAUAGCUGCAUAUUUGAUCUUUUCAUUCACAGUGGUGCUUUAUUUGCUUUAAAGGCUGUUUUUCUUAACUCCUUUCGUGUCUCUGGGGCUGGCCUGAGCCUAUCUGUGGUUUUGCCUGUUGGGUAUGUUGCUGUCCCUGCCGUUGCCCGGCAUGGCCUGGCUCUCCUUUCUUUUUUGCUGCAAUGACUAGCUUCAGAGCAGGUAAGACUGCACUGGGCAACGGAUCCGGAGUGAAAAAGGCCAACAAAAAAGCUCUUUUUAAGGCUUUUUUGAAGCCAGCAACAGUGCUGCGCUUGUGCUGGGGGGCUGGCAGCUUCUGGGCGGGCUGCUGAGCGAGCAGGGGUGGAGCUGGCACGUUAGAGGCACAGUUUAAACACCGGACGAACGUGUCAUCACCCAGCCCUGACCUAGGCACCUGCUGAUAAGCUUUAGACAGCUAGCUUCUGCCCACAGAGCACACCAGGUUAAGGCUUAAGCAAGCUGACCAUGGGAGCCGAAAAAGGCGGAGAAAACCCCAUCAGGUAGAGGACUUGAAUGGCUGAAGUCCCUUUCAGCUUCCACCCUGCAUUCUACUGCUGCUCUCUAAACUGACGACGUGAUGAAUGUCGGGCAGGACACGGCCCGGCUGCUGGCAGCUGAUUUGAGCGCAGCCAUACAGGUGAGACUUCCUGAUAGGUUAGGACAUGGCCUUGGGAACGAUGCUGGCAGCUAACCCAUGGGCAGGGUGCCACGGAGCAGUUACCCUGUUGCACAACCCUGCCUGCUUUCCGGUUAAAGCUAUGGGGGAUCAGCUGGUCCUCCAACCCCACAGGUAAUCUGGGGAGAGAGAGUGGGUGUCCCAUUAAAACCCUUAAAAUCACGCAUCCAAAUAGUGGACAGAGAGGGACUGAGGUGCCUUUUUGAGACUGAUGUGGGCAGACUGGGAGAGGCAAAGUCCAACCCAAGUCCUUCUGUCAAAAUGAACCAAUAAUAAAUGCUCGUUGUUUCUGAGAUGUAUGGCUGUUGCAUGCUGCCGAUGGCCUCUUCCCUGCACAUUGUGAUUCCUCGCAUGGCCAGGCAGGCAGGAGGCUGGGGAAAGCAUGCAGCACCCGCAGCAGCACAGGUAAUGUUGGUUCAGGCCCUGCUCUGCAGUGGGGGAGUCGGUUUUCACUCUAAUGAGGACCUUUGGCUCCAUAGGAUGUGCUUUGUGGAGUUGUUCGUCCUGUCAUUAGUGGUGACUUCUCUUCAGCAGUGGAACAAGUGAAACACUUAGGCCUGGAGGAUGGUUUUUUUUUUGGCUCCAUCCCUGAUCAUGGCUUUGGCGUUUGUCUUCUCGUUGUUGGCGCAGAGAGUGCCAUGUGUUGGUGAUUAUUUGGAUGAGGAAACCCUCAACCGCAUGCAGCAGCGUGAGGAGUAUCUGCAAGAGCAGAUGACAAAGCUGCUGCUGGAGAUAGAAGAGAUGGAAAGGGCGCAGGGCAGGAUGGGCUUGCAAGCCCUGCUCUUUGCUUUGUUGCCAUACUGGAAAACUGUGAGCGUUCUUUGUCUCUUCGUCUUUCUGUUUUGGUUCAUGUGGAAGAUCCACAAGAAGUUCCGGGGCGUUGAAGACGACAGUGAUGUGGAGAGCUCCAGCAGUGAGGAGCAGCAGCAGGAGCAGCAGGAGCUGGAGCAGCAGGAGCAACAGAUGCAGGUGGUGGAAGUGGAAGCGAAGGAUGAAUUUGUCUUUGCUGAAGAGUUCUGGCCAAUCCAUACCCAUCAAGAGGAUGGUGAACAGAUCCUCUCGCUGUUGCAUCACCUCAUUGAUAUCUGCCAACAUAUCGUGGCGGAUACUUUCUAUCCAGUGCCAGCACACACCACUGGGGUGGGCAGUGUCUAUGAAGGCUGGUGUCCCCUUGUAAAUGAGCCUGUCUUCUGCGUGGUUGUGUCCCUGUUGGCCCCCCGUGGGCACACUUUCCACCCGGAUCUGGGCGCCCCAGAGGAGCUGCCAGCGAGGAACUCCCGUGUCCGUGUAGAGCUGGAAUGCACGUGCGGGAGGGAGCAGGAGAUGCGCAUGCGAUGCUUCCUCCACGCCUCCGCGGCAGAGCUGAGAAAUCAGCAGUCCAACCUCCUGCACAGCCUCUGCACUGACUCCUACCUGGAUGUAGAGAAGACUGCUCACUGGUUCCAGAACCUGAUCAGAAAUGCCUGGAAAUGCACGCAUUUGUCAGCAAUGUGCAGCCUGAAUGUGACGCAGUCCAAGCGCUCCUGCAGGCUUCAGGUGACAGAUGUCUACAAGAAAAUCUUCUUAGUUGAGAUGCUGUUUGGCGUACAGCAAGAUGACACGGACAUCUUUCUGAGCAGCCAGGAGACAGAGGUCGGUACUACCCCCAGCACGACCUGGCCACAGAGCUGUGCUGUGGCAGAAGCGAAGUUCUUCCUACUUGUAGCCGCCCGUGCUGAGGAGAGGAAUUUCUACAUCAGAUAUAUGCAAGUGUGCGCCUAUAUCCUGGCGGGCCUCAACUUUUCAGUCUAUGAACUGAAGACAGUGCUCAUGCACCUCCUGACUGCCAUCCCUUUGGAAAGCUGGCAUGGGAGAUAUUUCCUGGAGCGGAUCGAUGACCUCUUGCGCUACCUGCGCUGCUGCGUGGAGGAGAAGCAUCUGGGCCACUUCUUCAUUGGAAAUGAAGACGUGCCUGCGGAGAUUAUCUUGCCGCAGGAUUUCCGAGAGUCCGAACCGCUCAACCUCUUCCAGCACCUGGAGGAUGCGGAAAGACAUGAGCAGGCACUGCAGGAGUUGGAGGAGCUGCAAGAUCGGCUCAUGAGCCUGCUGAUCUAUGGGAAGUGAGAGACAUCCACUUGUCCCACAGACGAGCACCCUGAACACGGAGAAGACACCGCUCCGUAGGCAGUGGGAAUUGCUCCUGGAUGUUUUCUCCACACUGGGGCAGCCGAUGAAGAGGGUGCUGCGUGAACACUUGAAACAGAGACUCUUCAAACCAGCUGGGCAGAGACCACCCAGCCUCUCCAAGAGCAUCUGUUUGCUCCGGGAGCAUUUUCCCCUAGGAAGACCGGCAAUGAAAGACUUGCUUGAAGAACCUGAUCUGAAGAAGUAGAGCACAAUGUACUUUGUGACGUGUGCUUAGAAAGAGCUGAUGCGAAAAAGCAGAAAUACCACCUGUUGAAGUCGCGUAUUUUAGAACUACAGUUGUUGAAUGAUGUGGUUAAUUCUCACUUCUCAAGCUCUAGUAGAAUUAUAUUCAUAUAUUAUCUAUAGUAUCAGAGACUAGAAAGUACGUUGUGAUCUGUUCUGUUCUUUUAAUAAUUUUAAUAAACAUAUUUAUUUUUAUAA